AUGAUUCUCUCACGGCGCGCGGUCCUCUUCAUCGGCUUCAGCUUCUCCUGCAUCCUUUUCUUCACAGCCCGUAAGCUAUCACGACCAUGGAGUAGCUAUCCGCAGGCCGUGGGUCUAGGGGACUACUAUGGCACGGAUUAUUCAGCCCAUGGCCAUAACUGGACAGGCGCAUUCAACUUUACCAGUCAUGGCAGUAAAAGCCUGUACGCCCCUCAGCCCAAUUUCGUCCCUGGUAUCCCCAAACCUCCUGGCUCGACGUACACAAAGAUGUUGGUUGUGCCUAGGACCAAGAAGGAAGAUACGAGCUGGAUCGCGACGGAAUUACCGGACUGGGGCACUGCCAUCUAUGUUGCGGAUGACCCGAAAGCGCCCCUACACCCACCGAAGAACAAGGGCCACGAAGUGAUGAUAUAUUUAUCGUUCAUUAUCGACUUCUAUGACAAUCUCCCCGACGUAGCGGUGUUUAUGCACUCGCAUCAGAAUGCCUGGCAUAACGAGGAGCUGUUUGGUGGCGACGCAGCGGAGAUUCUCCGACGAUUGAGCAUGGAGCGGGUCAUUCGAGAAGGGUAUAUGAACACGCGUUGCGCGUUCGGCCCCGGAUGUCCCGCAUGGAUGCACCCUGGUGCCGUGGAAGAAGACGAAACCAAGCAGGAGGAGGUGAUGCUGGCUCGUGCCUGGGGAGAACUAUUCCCAGACCAGCCCGUACCAUCGGUUCUCUCCCAGCCAUGCUGCGCUCAGUUUGCCCUAUCCCGGGAUCGCAUUCGCACGAUCCCACGUGCUCGGUUCAUUUUCUACCGCGACUGGCUGCUGCAGACAGAUCUAAGUGAUUACAUCGCGGGUCGUAUCUGGGAAUACCUAUGGCAAUACGUCUUCACGGGCAAACCCGUUGUCUGUGUGGAAGAGAGUAUCUGUCUCUGUGAUGGGUACGGGUUCUGCUUCGGCAGCCCUGAAAAGUACCAAGAAUGGCGUGAUAUGGAUUCUGAAAGGAAAGAUUUGCAGCAGCGACUAGAUGAUUUGAUCUACUGGGCGGAGGAUCUCCGGAUGGCACAGGCUGCGGGAGAAUUGGAUGAAACUAUGGACCUGGAUCUCCCGCCUCUUGGUCAGCAAUCUGAGAUAGAAAAAGAGGUCAUUGGAAUGGAAACGAAGGUCGCCGACACUCUUCAGGCUGCGAUUGAGCGUGGCAAGAACCCCAAAUACCGCGCCCUAGAAGCUGGUCGUCCUUGGAAAGAGGGCGAUGGCUUCUAG